GAAUGAACAGGAGCCCGUUCUCACCCAACUUCCAUUAAGGACUCGGGCGGGAGGGGCAGAAGUUGCGCGCGGACCGGCGGGCAGGAGCUGGUCACCGAGGCCAGCGUGCGGGCGUGCGGGAGCGGGCGCGGAGCUUCGGACCGAGAGCGAGGGGCGCGGCAUGGAGCGCCGGGCAGCCCGCGCCUGGCUCGCCCUGCUGUGGGGCUGCGCGCUGGCCGCGGCCGCGGCGGCACAGGGCAAGGAAGUUGUACUGUUGGACUUUGCUGCAGCUAAGGGGGAGCUCGGCUGGCUCACACACCCGUAUGGCAAAGGGUGGGACCUGAUGCAGAACAUCAUGAACGACAUGCCCAUCUACAUGUACACCGUGUGCAACGUGGUGUCUGGUGACCAGGACAACUGGCUCCGCACCAACUGGGUGUACCGCGGCGAGGCCGAGCGCAUCUUCAUCGAGCUCAAGUUUACCGUGCGCGACUGCAAUAGCUUCCCCGGCGGUGCCAGCUCCUGCAAGGAGACCUUCAACCUCUACUAUGCUGAGUCGGACGUGGACUACGGCACCAACUUCCAGAAGCGCCAGUUCACCAAGAUUGACACCAUUGCACCCGACGAGAUCACCGUGAGCGGUGACUUCGAGGCGCGCCACGUGAAGCUGAACGUGGAGGAGCGCUCCGUGGGGCCACUCACCCGCAAGGGCUUCUACCUGGCCUUCCAGGACAUUGGCGCCUGUGUGGCGCUGCUCUCUGUCCGCGUCUACUACAAGAAGUGCCCUGAGCUGCUGCAGGGCCUGGCCCGCUUCCCUGAGACCAUCGCCGGCUCUGACGCACCCUCCCUGGCCACCGUGGCUGGCACUUGCGUGGACCAUGCUGUGGUGCCACCGGGGGGCGAAGAGCCCCGCAUGCACUGUGCAGUGGAUGGCGAGUGGCUGGUGCCCAUCGGGCAGUGCCUGUGCCAGGCGGGCUACGAGAAGGUGGAGGACACCUGCCAGGCCUGCUCGCCUGGGCUCUUUAAGUUCGAGGCGUCUGAGAGCCCCUGCCUGGAGUGCCCUGCCCACACGCUGCCGUCCCCCGAGGGUGCCACCUCCUGCGAGUGUGAGGAAGGCUACUUCCGGGCACCUCAGGACCUGCUGUCGAUGCCCUGCACGCGCCCACCCUCUGCCCCGCACUACCUCACGGCCGUGGGCAUGGGCGCCAAAGUGGAGCUACGCUGGACACCCCCCCAGGACAACGGGGGCCGUGAAGACAUCAUCUAUAGCGUCACCUGCGAACAGUGCUGGCCUGAGUCCGGGGAGUGUGGGCCCUGUGAGGCCAGCGUGCACUACUCAGAGCCACCGCACGCGCUGACCCGCACCAGCGUGACCGUCAGUGACCUGGAGCCCCACAUGAACUACACCUUCGCCGUAGAGGCCCGCAACGGGGUCUCGGGCCUGGUGACGAGCCGCAGCUUCCGCACCGCCAGUGUCAGCAUCAAUCAGACAGAGCCCCCCAAGGUGAGGCUGGAGGGCCGCAGCACCACCUCGCUGAGCGUCGCCUGGAGCAUCCCGCUACUGCAGCAGAGCCGCGUGUGGAAGUACGAGGUCACCUACCGCAAGAAGGGGGACUCCAACAGCUACAACGUGCGCCGCACUGAGGGCUUCUCCGUGACCCUGGAUGACCUGGCUCCAGACACCACUUACCUAGUCCAGGUUCAGGCGCUGACGCAGGAGGGCCAGGGGGCCGGCAGCAAGGUGCACGAGUUCCAGACGCUAUCCCUGGAAGGAUCUAGCAACAUGGCAGUGAUUGGCGGGGUGGCCGUCUGCGUCGUCUUCCUUCUGGUGCUGGCCGGAAUCGGCUUCUUCAUCCACUGCAGGAGGAAGAAGCUACGAGCCCGCCAGUCCUCGGAGGACGUUUACUUUUCCAAGUCAGAACAACUAAAGCCCCUGAAGACAUAUGUGGACCCCCACACAUACGAGGACCCCAAUCAGGCUGUGCUCAAGUUCACCACCGAGAUCCAUCCGUCCUGUGUCACUCGGCAGAAGGUGAUCGGAGCAGGAGAGUUCGGGGAGGUGUACAAGGGUACACUGAAGAUGUCCUCAGGGAAGAAGGACGUCCCCGUGGCCAUCAAGACGCUGAAAGCCGGCUACACGGAGAAGCAGCGGGUGGACUUCCUCAGCGAGGCGAGCAUCAUGGGACAGUUUAGCCACCACAACAUCAUCCGCCUGGAGGGCGUCGUCUCCAAAUACAAGCCUAUGAUGAUCAUCACCGAAUACAUGGAGAAUGGGGCCCUGGACAAGUUCCUUCGGGAGAAGGACGGCGAGUUCAGCGUGCUGCAGCUGGUGGGCAUGUUGAGGGGCAUCGCGGCCGGCAUGAAGUACCUGGCCAACAUGAACUACGUGCACCGCGACCUGGCCGCCCGCAACAUCCUCGUCAACAGCAACCUGGUCUGCAAGGUGUCUGACUUCGGCCUGUCCCGGGUACUGGAGGACGACCCUGAGGCCACCUACACCACCAGUGGCGGCAAGAUCCCAAUCCGCUGGACAGCCCCGGAGGCCAUUUCCUACCGCAAGUUCACCUCGGCCAGCGACGUGUGGAGCUAUGGCAUUGUCAUGUGGGAAGUGAUGACGUAUGGGGAGCGGCCCUACUGGGAGCUGUCGAACCACGAGGUGAUGAAAGCCAUCAACGAGGGCUUCCGGCUCCCCACACCCAUGGACUGCCCCUCCGCCAUCUACCAGCUCAUGAUGCAGUGCUGGCAGCAGGAGCGCGCCCGCCGCCCCAAGUUCGCCGACAUCGUCAGCAUCCUGGACAAGCUCAUUCGCGCCCCCGACUCCCUCAAGACCCUGGCGGACUUCGACCCCCGGGUGUCCAUCCGGCUGCCCAGCACCAGCGGCUCGGAGGGGGUGCCCUUCCGCACGGUGUCCGAGUGGCUGGAGUCCAUCAAGAUGCAGCAGUACACGGAGCACUUCAUGGCAGCUGGCUACACGGCCAUCGAGAAGGUGGUGCAGAUGACCAACGAUGACAUCAAGAGGAUCGGAGUGCGGCUGCCCGGCCACCAGAAGCGCAUCGCCUACAGCCUGCUGGGGCUCAGGGACCAGGUGAACACCGUGGGCAUCCCCAUCUGAGCCCGGCAGGGCCUCGCGCCCCCUCCGCCGAGAAUACUUGAAGAAACAGAGUGGCCUUCCUGCCAGCGCUGCACUGGGCCACCAGGGACCUUAUUUAUUUCUUGACGCCCCCUGAGGCCUCUGCUGGGGGGUCUUGGACCACACCCUGGACCGAACUGAGCAGACGCUCAGGGAGCCGGGGCCCGGACCCUCUUCCCCCACGAAGGACAGCGGCGAGCACUUAGCGGGCACCGCCACGUUCCCAGCAACUCUGGGGCAGGAGCCCCACCCAGGUCUUGGGACAGACACGCAGGACGUUUCUAAACUGACCUCCCUUCGCCGUCUCCCGCAAGAGACCAUCCGGGAGAAGGGGGCUUGGCCCAGGGCCCGUGCACAGGGUACCUCAAGGCCCCCACUGUAAGAGGGCAGACUUUGAACUUGACUAGGUGAGACCCAAAGUGGUCCUCGUCCCUCUAGUGCCUUCCUCAGACCCCCAGGCCCCGUCCUCAGCCCUAACUGGCCCCUAACUGGCCAAACUGUUGCUUUCCUGGGGCCCUCGCAGGACGCUUGGUUGUGUUGAGGUUUUUUUUAAUAUAUAUUUUAUACUUUGUGGAGAGAAUGUGUGUGUGGCGGGGGGGCCCCGCCAGGGCUGGGGGCAGAGGAUGGCCUGUGUCAGACAUUCCUAGGCGGGGGGCAGGGGUGCGGGGGGCCGGUGCUGCAGCAGGUCCCUGCCCGCUCCCCAGUCCGCCCUAUCUCUCGGCCCUGUAGACAACAUUUACAUUCGAUCAGUGUUAAUGACUUUGUUUUGUGGGGUAUUUUUUUCGAACCUUAAUUUAUUAUUAUUUUUUUUUAUAUUUAUUGUUAGAAAAUGACUUAUUUCUGCUCUUGAAUAAAGUUGCAGAUGGUUCA